AUGAUUACAUUACAGCUAGAGCUGGAACUGUGGGACACCGCGGGUCAGGAGGACUUUGACCGACUGAGGCCACUGUCCUAUCCGGACACUGACGUACUGUUGCUAUGUUUCAGUAUAGUGUCGCCCGACUCGUUGUCCAACGUGUUUGAGAAAUGGGUGCCGGAAGUGAAAAAGUUUUGCGAAGACGUGCCCAUCGUAUUGGUCGGCACCAAACGCGACCUCCGCUCCGACCCUCAAGUGGUGGACAGUUUGCAACGACAACAGCAAAAGCCCAUCAGUUUUAUCGAC